UAGUCUAUGGAACAAGAUGGCACUAAAAGCACUUGUCGGUCAAAAGAUUAUGAAUGAGGUGAUCCGCUAUCGCGGACCCAAAGGCAAGGAGUCACAGCGUAUAGAAUGGCGUAUCCUCAUAGUGGACCAGCUGUCCAUGCGCAUGGUCUCUGCAUGCUGCAAAAUGCACGACAUUUCUGCAGAAGGCAUAACAUUGGUAGAAGACAUCCACAAGAAACGUGAGCCGCUGUACACCAUGGAUGGCAUUUACUUAAUCACACCAUCAGAGAAAUCAGUUCAUGCUUUGAUCAAUGAUUUCUCUGUUGGUAACCGCAUCAUGUAUAAAGCUGCACAUGUGUUCUUUACUGAAGCUUGUCCCGAUGUACUCUUUGAUGAAUUAUCACGUAGUCCCGUAGCUAAAUAUAUUAAAACAUUAAAGGAGAUCAACAUAGCUUUCAUACCAUACGAACAACAGGUAUUUUCUUUGGAUUCGCCGGAUACCUUCCAAUGCAUGUACAACCCGGCUCUCACGCAGACACGCAACGCCAAUAUGGAGCGCAUUGCAGAGCAAAUCGCAACUCUUUGCGCUACUCUUGGAGAGUACCCAUCCGUUCGUUAUCGCAGUGACUGGGAGCGCAAUGUUGAACUGGCUCAGCUUAUUCAGCAGAAACUAGAUGCAUAUAAGGCCGACGAGCCAACUAUGGGCGAGGGUCCUGAAAAAGCGCGCUCUCAGCUACUAGUAUUAGACCGUGGAUUCGACUGCGUGUCUCCUCUACUGCACGAGCUAACUCUGCAAGCCAUGGCCUAUGACUUACUCCCCAUCGAAAAUGACGUCUACAGAUAUGAAGCAUCGCAAGGACAUAUGAAGGAGGUACUUUUGGAUGAAAAUGAUGAACUGUGGGUGGAGCUGCGACACCAGCACAUCGCUGUCGUCUCUACUUCUGUAACCAAGAAUCUCAAGAAGUUCACUGAAUCAAAACGCAUGGGAGGAGGUGAUAAACAGUCCAUGCGCGACUUAUCGCAAAUGAUCAAAAAAAUGCCACAGUACCAGAAGGAACUGUCAAAGUAUGCCACACACCUGCGUCUCGCUGAGGACUGCAUGAAGGCUUACCAGGGCUAUGUAGACAAGCUUUGCAAAGUUGAACAGGAUCUGGCUAUGGGUACUGAUGCUGAAGGCGAAAAAAUCAAGGAUCACAUGAGAAGCAUUGUUCCUGUGUUACUUGAUCAGUCAAUUAAAAACUACGACAAGAUGCGUAUAAUAGCCUUGUACAUAAUGUCUAAGAACGGCAUAUCGGAGGAGAACCUCAACAAGCUGGUUACUCAUGCUCAACUAGAGCCGUCCGACAAGCAGGCGCUGCUCAACCUCGCAAACCUCGGUCUCAACGUUGUCGUCGACGGUAACCGAAAAAAACAAUACCAAGUACCACGGAAAGAAAGAAUCACUGAACAGACUUAUCAGAUGUCCCGUUGGACACCAGUGAUCAAGGACAUAAUUGAAGACUCAAUUGAUGACAAAUUGGAUCAACGUCACUUUCCCUUCCUCGCUGGACGUGCACAGACUUCUGGAUAUCAAGCUCCAACUAGUGUACGAUACGGUCAUUGGCAUAAAGAUAAGGCGCAACAAACUAUUAAAAAUGUUCCGCGUCUGAUUGUCUUUGUGGUUGGCGGCGUCUGCUUCUCCGAAAUCCGUUGCGCCUACGAAGUGACGGCAGCUCUCAAGAACUGGGAAGUGAUCAUCGGCUCAUCUCACAUUCUCACUCCUGACAACUUCCUCUCCGACCUCAGCUCUCUCACCGCUUAAACAACAUCGAACAUGUCUUGAUAAUAUAAUAGUACUGAUGUGUAUUGCUAUGAUUUUUUUAGAAGUAUUUUUUAGAAGUCACAUGUCAUUGUUGACGCAAAAAAGUCAGAUCCCUCACUCCAAGAACCCAGUUGUUGAGUUUUCUAAAUAGGCAACGCUAAGUCACAUAUUAUUAAAACAAUACUUGUAGCUAGAUUGGAUCCUAAAAUUCCUAGCGACCCUCGUGAAUAGUGACUCGGCAUUUUUAUGUGCUUUCGUCAUAGGUUAGUACAUGCUUCUAAUUAAAUACAUUGCAUUAAACUUCGAAUUAAAUUUUUAACAAUUAAGGCUUUAUAUGGCAUAUAUAAAUUAAUUUGACACGUUGCGGUUUUAUGGAGAGCAAUAUGUUCACUUUAAAAGUUAAAAUAUAUGCUUGAAGCAUAUUGUAACAGUUAGUUGUUGAGACGAAUUUUUAACAAAAUAAAUCACAUUUUGCUUUUAAAAAUAUUUAAAUUAACUACUUAGUGUAAUUGUGAUAUUGUUUGCAAUGAAUUGUGUUAACAAUUCAAUGUUUUGUUUAUAGUUUUAGGUUACUAUUUUGAUCAAAAUAUUUAUAUUGUUGAUGUUUUACAAGUUUUAAUAAUAUAACAUCUAAUUAUUAAUGUUAACGUGGAUUAAGUUAUUAUAAUAGAUUAGUAUUAAUUCCUUAACCCAUUCUUAAUGUAGCAGAUAUUGUAACAAGUUAUCUCUGAUGAUAAACUGUAAAGUAACUACUAUUAUAGACUAAACUUUGGAAAGGAAGUAAAAGAGAAUAGGGCCUUAUUUAUAAAGAUAAGUUUAUAUGUGUUAUUCGUUUAUUAUAAAUAAUAAGAUUAGUCUCUUGUGGGAAUACAAUUUAAUGCCAAAAGACAUAAUACAUGUGGAGAAAGUAAAACACGAAAUGUUCUUUAUUACUUUUAUUGUCUUUCAGGAACUAUCGCGUUAAUUGAAAAUAUAUACAGUAGUAAUACUAGAUACGUUAGAUGUUCUGAAUAUCGUCUCUGUAAUCUUGUUAGUAAUUUUCGCAUAUACAUACGUGUGUUAGAAGUCGAUGUUUUAGUUAUCUCAACAUUCCAAUAAUAAACAUACAAUUAUUAGUAUUAAAAUAAUAUCAUAGCAUGACUGUCUAAAUUAUUAAUUACAAAUAAAUCCGUACAUAGUAGUUAAUAUAUUUUGAGCUUUUGGUUCAGAUGAUAACAAAAGAACAUGACUGCAUAAUGGUAUCUAAUAUAAAAUAGUCAUUUACAUAUCGUAAAGAUGUGGGUUUGGGAUUGUUAGAAUAUUACAUAUAAUGUUUUAAUUUUUAAUUCUUAGUUGAUAGUCUAUGCCCAUGUUUGUGCAAUUAUGUAGGAUAUAUGCAUUUCAUUUUACCUGUGUUAACUGUCAGUAUUCAAGUGUUACAUACAAAUAAAAUAUUAAUCAUCCUA